GCCCCAGGUCGACCUCUAGCCCGCUGUAUCAAGUUCGUUUCAAAUCCGUGUUCAGUGGCUGAUCCGCCGAGGACAAUGUCAUCUAUUCAAGACCUAUCGCUGAAAGGGGCAGCUUCGUCCUCGUCAGGAGGGCCAUCAACACGGCCGUCCUCCCUACAAUUACAAUCACCUCUACCAAGCAUCGCCGUGGUUGAUAAAGAGCAACAACAACAACACCACCACCACCAGAACGCCCUGGAGUGGACGGCAGGCCAAGGACACGGCCUAGACAAUUCGAAUCCCCCUCCAGCGAACUAUCCAUAUUCGCAAUGGAACAGGCCGGCCGACCCUCGAACCUCGUCCACACAGUCCUUGGCCCCUUCGACCCCGACGGGCAGUUACAGGGACCCCAGGAGGACGCUGCUCGUUAUUUACAUUCAUGGUUUCAUGGGCAACGACUCCUCCUUUCGCUCCUUUCCCGCCCAUGUCCACAACUACCUUCGACAAGCCCUGGCCGAGACACACGUCAUCCACUCCAAAAUCUACCCCCGCUACAAGACUUACAAGUCCAUUACUGUGGCCCGAGAUAACUUCAGUAACUGGCUUCUGCCACAUGAGUCGCCCACCACCGAUGUCAUCUUGAUCGGCCAUUCUAUGGGCGGCCUGCUGGCUGCUGAAGUUGCUCUGUUGCCACGUCAACCUCAAGAUCCUCCAGCUUACGACGACUCUCCCUUUCGCCAUCGUAUCUUGGGGACUUUGUCAUUAGACGCUCCAUUGCUAGGCCUCCAUCCAGGUAUUGUAGUGUCUGGAAUUGCAAGUCUCUUCCGUAAGGGUCCGAGUCCUCCAGGUGCCACGAACGCGGCGCAAGAGUCUCACACGCUCUUCGCCCAGCAGUCGCCAGGGCUGUCACCAGAUGCAUCAAUUUAUUCCGAAAUCUGUCCUCCUCCGGAGGCAACUUCUCCCAUACCCAGGCCCACACCACUAUCAACAACGUCGUCUCCCUCAGCACCGGAUCCUUUCUUCAACCCAAAGUUCUUCAAUGACGUGUCAUUUGUGGACCGAGGAUGGUUGAAGAACAUAGCCCACUUUGCGCAAAAACACAGCCAAGAGAACCUUGUUGAGGCAGCUACUAACCACAUCAUAUCACACUUGGAGUUUGGCGGUUGUUUGGCCGACUACCCCGGAAUGAAGUCCAGGUAUAACAGGUUGAGGAGGCUGGAAGAUGUCGAUGAGUUGAAACAGUCCCCAAUAAAUAAUGAGCAUCUGGUCAGAGUGCGGUUCGUGAACUACUACACCAUAUCUACAGGGAUACUCAAGGAUAAGGAGUCUCGCAAGGGCAGUACUCCAAAGGUUGCGUCAGAGGUUGCUGCUCCAGAAGACGGCCCUUCGAAGUCGAAAAGGCUUGAAAAGGCUCCUGAGCACCGGGAAUCAUUCGAUACCGCGAGAUCUCAGACCUCGACUCCGCGGAGCUCAACCGAAGAAGAUUGGGAACUUACAGAGCUGGAACCCGUACCCGAACCAGAUGAUGGACCCGUCCAUGGGCGUGUGGAAGCGGAGGACAAACCCCCUGCAUACGUUUCUCACGAAGAGCUUGACAAGACUGCUGAACAUUCCAUCAGUAACACCAGCGGAAGCGGCAACGGCAACGUAACUGAGCCCAGCAUAGAAACAACCUCACUCCCUCUACCGGACCUCCCCCCGAUCCCAGACACCCCCUCGCCGCCACCCGCCAUAGACCUAAGCUCCAUAAGCGACAAAGACGCUCGUAAACAAGCCGAAAAGGACGCCAAGCAAGCACGGAAGGAGUACGAAGCAGCAGUUAAGAAGCGGGACAAGAUUCUAAAAGAGCGGUUGAAAAUUGUCGAAAAGCACGAGAAGGCGCAAGCCAAACUUGCAAGGGAUAUUCAAAAAGAGCAGGAAAAGCUGCGUAAGAACGCCGAGAAGCAGGAGAAAAAAGAUGAGAAGGAGUGGGGGCGGAAACAAAAGAAAGAAGAGAAAUUGAAGGCGGAAUCGACGGCGAGCAGGAUUGGUGAGUUGGAGACUCACCAUUUGGCUCAUAAUCAGAGUUUGGAUGGGGGAUCGUUGUCGGCGUCGCUAGGGACCCCGGCUGGUGAGAGCAGCAGCAGCGGGAAUGUAACGGGAAAGAACAAAAGCAAAAAAAAGGAGAAGGGAAAAAAACCGAAGGGGGAGAAAGAGGAGAAACAAAAACUCCGCAAAUUCUGCAUGCUACCCUCCAAGAUCAACGGCAUCAUGGACCCAACUUGGAUUCAAGUCUACAUGGAGGGAGUGGACGAAGUUGGUGCUCACUGUGGCUUGUUCUUCGCGGGGCCGCAUUACGAUAAGCUGGUGGGGGAUGUCAGCUCGAGGAUCAUGGGGUGGGUGCAAGAUGAUGCGAGCAGGAGGUUGUUGCUUGAGGGAAUGCAGGGAUUGGAUCUUGAUUGAGUGAGUGAGUGAGUGAGGGUCUUGUUGUUGGGGGGAGGGAGAGGGUAGAUUGGAGGAUGUGAGAAUGGGUACCGGGCGACGGGCAAGCAAUGGGGGAUUGAGAGAUAUAUGAUACGACAGACACUCAAUGAGACGAGGGGUAUGUGACUGGACCCUCCAUGACAGAUACGCAGGCAACAGAGGAUAGCUGAGAUAGUAAAGGACUGCGUAGCGUAAUGAACCAUUUAGUCUAUGC